CACUCCAUCGAUCUUACCCACCAUGGCCCUUUCACAAACUGCAAGAAGGUUCUGGCUCGCGCUUUUCGGCGGCUCCGUUGGGAUCUACAUUGGCCUCCUUCCGUUGAGAAAGUACGAGAUUAUCAAGCGUGAGCCAGUUCCUCUCAAUGAGGACGGUACCAAGAAGCGCAUGCCAUUUAAUGUAAAGUUCCGCGAGGCCCAACCUUUGCAGUUGAAGCCGGAGUACGAGGCAGAAUAUCAAAAAGCCAAGGCUGCCGCCAUGGAAAAGGAGAAGGAGGUCCAGGCUAAGUUGGAGAAGGAGGCCCAGGCUAGGUUGGAGUAGGUACUACAUGGCUGUUCCGGACAUCCGCUUGUAUAUAUUUGGAAUA